AUGAACGAAAGGCCAGAGUCAAACUUCACUUUUACUGAUGGUGAUAACUGGACCUUUCCCAAUGCCUCAAGGGACCACGCCAUACCAAGAAACAAUAUCACUUAUGUCGGAUAUUACCUGCAUCAGCCGACUACCGCGGUGGUGUUCAUCGUGUCCUACUUGCUCAUCUUCCUGGUGUGCAUGGUUGGCAAUGGAGUUGUUUGCUUUAUAGUGCUAAGGAGUAGGAACAUGCGCACCGUCACCAAUCUUUUCAUCCUUAACCUCGCCAUCAGUGACCUCCUCGUUGGGAUUUUCUGUAUGCCAACCACACUGCUGGACAACAUCAUUACAGGAUGGCCAUUUGGAAGCCUGGUGUGCAAAAUGAGCGGCAUGGUCCAAGGCAUAUCUGUAUCGGCAUCUGUCUUCACCCUGGUGGCCAUCGCAGUGGACAGGUUUAGAUGCAUUGUGUACCCCUUCAAGCAGAAGCUGACGAUACCUACAGCCACCCUCAUCAUCAUCGUCAUCUGGGUUUUGGCCAUAUCCAUCAUGUGCCCGUCAGGCGUCAUGCUGCAGGUGACCAAAGAGCAGACCAUCCGGAUAUACCUUGGGGAUGGCAACCGGACCAGCCCGUUCUACUGGUGCCGUGAGAACUGGCCCAACCAGGAGAUGAGGAAGAUCUACACCACGGUCCUCUUUGCCAACAUCUACCUCGCGCCACUAUCGCUCAUCGUGAUCAUGUACGCGCGGAUCGGCAUCACCCUCUUCAAGACGUCCGUGCCGGGGACGACCGGGGACAAGCCUGGCGCCGGGCACGACAACCGCCACACGGUGUCCAAAAAGAAGCAGCGGGUCAUCAAGAUGCUCCUGGUGGUGGCGCUGCUGUUCGUCCUCUCCUGGCUGCCCCUGUGGACGCUCAUGAUGCUGACGGACUACGCCAGCCUGUCCGAGUACCAGUACCGGGUCAUCAACAUAUACAUCUACCCGUUCGCCCACUGGCUGGCGUUCUUCAACAGCAGCGUCAACCCCAUCAUCUACGGCUUCUUCAACGAGAACUUCCGACGCGGCUUCCAGGCCGUGUUCAAGUUCCAGCUGUGCGCGGGCGGCCGCGGCGGCGGCAGAGGAGGUGGCGGAGGUGGCGCCAGCGGUGGCGGCGGGCACCGGCGCAGGACGUACUCGCACCGUUUCCAGGGCAACUCGGUGCUGCCGGCCAACCCGCAGCCGUCCACCGAGCCCAUCUCGCUCAACAGCCUGGAGAACACCAGCUCGCGGCGGGCCAACCAGGUCAACGAGCAGGACUUAAUCAUGGAGGACCUGGAGAAGGCCUCCCAGAGCAGCGACGGGAAGGAAGGGGCGUCCCUCUGAGACCGCAAAAACACAAACGUCCAGGCAUGCUCAGCCCAAACAUA